AUGAAUAGCAAGAUGAAGGAGAAGAGUGAAGCGGUGUUGGACAUGUCACCGACAUCAACGGUUGAAGGUGGUGUUGAGGAUAUCUACGGUGAAGAUCGUGCCACCGAGGAUCAACUCAUCACUCCAUGGACUUUCGUUGUUUCUAGUGGUUACAACUUGUUGAGGGAUCCGCGUUACAACAAAGGGCUCGCGUUCACGGAGAAGGAAAGAGAUGUUCAUUACUUGCGAGGCCUUCUUCCACCUGCGGUUAUACCCCAGGAACUUCAGGAGAGAAGACUUAUGCAGAGUCUUCGCGGAUAUGAAGUCCCUUUGAAUAAAUAUGUUGCCCUGAUGGAACUAGAGGAGAGAAAUGAAAGGUUGUUUUACAAGCUUCUUAUCGAUAAUGUAGAAGAGUUGCUUCCGAUUGUCUAUACUCCAACUGUUGGUGAGGCUUGCCAAAAAUAUGGAAGCAUUUUUAAGCGUCCGCAGGGUUUAUACAUCAGUUUGAAAGAAAAAGGAAGGAUCCUUGAGGUAUUGAAAAACUGGCCUGAAAGGAAAAUACAAGUUAUUGUCGUUACCGAUGGUGAAAGAAUUCUUGGACUUGGAGAUCUCGGCUGCCAGGGAAUGGGUAUACCAGUAGGGAAAUUGGCUUUGUAUACUGCACUCGGAGGAGUCAGACCUUCAGCGUGUUUGCCUAUAACAAUUGAUGUGGGAACAAAUAAUGAGCAACUAUUGAAAGACGAAUUCUACAUUGGACUCAGACAAAAGAGAGCUACUGGGAAGGAAUACUACGACUUUCUUGAUGAAUUCAUGAAGGCUGUGAAGCAAAACUACGGUGAAAAAGUUCUUGUACAGUAUGAAGAUUUUGCGAAUCACAACGCUUUUGAGCUGUUGGCGAAAUAUGGUACCGCACAUUUGGUAUUCAAUGAUGAUAUACAGGGGACAGCUGCUGUGGUACUUGCGGGGCUUGUUGCAUCGCUUAAGCUGCUCGGAGGGUCCUUAGCUGAUCAUACAUUCUUGUUCUUCGGUGCUGGAGAAGCUGGAACUGGCAUAGCAGAACUCAUAGCACUUGCGAUCUCAAAGAAGACAAACGCUCCUGUGGAGGAAGCGCGUAAAAAUAUCUGGCUCGUGGACUCAAAGGGUUUAAUUGUAAACGCUCGAAAGGAAUCACUUCAAGCUCACAAGAAAUCUUGCGCACAUGAACACGAACCUGUCAACAAUCUCCUUGACACUGUUAAGGCCAUUAAGCCAGCUGCCAUAAUCGGAACGUCUGGAGUUGGACAAACAUUUACUAAGGAAGUGAUUGAGGCUAUGGCCUCCAUUAACAAGAGACCUCUCAUUAUGGCUCUCUCAAACCCGACUGCACAAUCCGAAUGCACUGCUGAAGAAGCUUAUACUUGGAGUGAGGGUCGAGCCGUCUUUGCAAGUGGAAGUCCCUUUCCUCCAGUAGAGUACAAUAACAAACUCCACAUUCCUAGCCAGGCAAACAAUUGUUACAUAUUCCCAGGAUUUGGUUUUGGCUUGGUCAUGGCUGGCGCUAUCCGUGUGCACAACGACAUGCUUUUAGCAGCUUCGGAAGCGUUGGCCAGUCAAGUAACUGAAGAACAUUAUGGCAAGGGGAUGAUUUACCCUCCAUUUGGUAAUAUCAGAAAAAUCUCAGCUCAUAUUGCUGCUAAUGUUGCUGCUAAAGCGUAUGAACUCGGCAUUGCGACACGUCUGCCUCAGCCUGCAGAUUUGUUGAAGUAUGCUGAGAGUUGCAUGUAUACUCCGAAUUAUCGCAGCUAUCGCUGA